CUGGUUGAUUGGUUGUAUUAGCGCUGAAAGAGGCUCAAGUCGUCACGUUCGCGUUUUGGCAUUUUCUACUGUCACCUUCAUUUCAACGCGUCUUAGACUUUGACGAUGCCUGGCUUCUACAGGGGUGGAGGACAAAAUCGAAAGCGCAAAUUUCAUGCAACUAGAAGACAAAAACAACCUCAGGCUAGCACUCGAUCAAUAUCCGGUACACCUGCACCUUCGAACACUAAUGAAGAGGAGGUCCAAUCCGAGGACGGGGAGGAUUCCCCAACCUUGCAGAAGAAGGUCAGGUGGGAAGGCAGACAUCGGGCUAAUACCGAAGAUCCUACAGAGGAUGGAACAAUGGAAGGCACUAGUACUACAGAAGAAAACCAAGACUCUUGUGAACCUCAAGCUAGUAGGAUAGACAAGAUUUUUCUGACCGCAUGGUGUCAAAAUCGUCGCGUUGGUAUGGCAUAUUACGAUCCUAUCAAAUGCAGUAUAUAUGUGCUAGAGGAUACGGAAGAAACGUCUCACUUCGACGUGACAAAGAUGGUCUUGGAACAAGCUAGCCCUGACAUCGUACUCACAAGCUCAAGAUCCGAUGAUGAGUUCAUGGAUACAGUUCGAGAGCUGGUGGAGGUUUCUAGUGGCAUAUUUCAAAUCCGACCUAACAAGGAGUUCUCAGCUGCAAAAGGAAAAGAUAGGUUGAUCUCUCUGCAGCUGCUUUCGGACUUGCCGCAGGAUGAGGAUCAAAGCUCGAUGCUCUCGUCAGAUGAUGGGUCUUCUAUCUCCCGAAACGCGUACGAAUUCAUGGCGACGCGUAGUGGUGCGAUGCACGACCCGACUACAAAGCGAUGGAAUGCAUCGAUUCGGUUAUUUAAUUUUGCAUCUCUGGAGUCUUCUCCGCUUUGCAUGGCGUCUAUCGGGGCACUACUUGACCAACUCGUGCGUGCGCGUGCUGUUGAUGAUCUUGAAGAUGAGGGCAUUCGUGGACUGGAGGUCCGUGAUAUUGAGUGUCUGGCCCUGAAUGAAGUGAUGCAGAUCAAUGGCGAUGCUCUUUUUUCAUUACAGGUGUUCGAGAACGAAGAUCAUGCCUCGAUGCAUUCCAAUAAGACUAAAGAAGGUCUUUCGCUUUCUGGAAUUUUGAAUGUCACCAACACUGCAUUGGGUAGGGUUCUUAUGCGCUCCUGGCUUCUUCGGCCGUCGCUUUCCCUGUCGGUGAUAAAGUCGCGCCAUGACGCUGUCGAGUGCUUUCUUCGGCUAGAAAAUGUAACAACUGUCACUACCCUUCGAGGCCAUCUCAAGGGAAUCAAGAAUGUUCCUCGUAUUCUAAGCGUUUUGCGUAGCGGAAAGGCAAAAUUCGUCGAAUGGCAAGGAUUGGUGAAAUUCACUGUGCUGUGCGCUAUGUUAAAGGAAACUCUCACUGAACUCCAUGAAGCGUCCGGUCUUGAUAUUGUUCAGAAACUCCUCCCCGCCUUGGACAUUUCAUGCUUCAGAGAGAUUGGGACUAGGAUAAACGAUAUGAUUGAUUGGGAAGAAUCCACCGAAGCCAGAAGAAUCUGUGUCCGUCCUCAUAUCGAUGAAGAGUUGGACAACAGAAAACAUGUAUAUAAUGGGAUUGACACCGUUCUGUCGAAAGUCGCUGAAAGGAUAUCUCGCAUUAUACCUUCCGACUAUGCAUCUUCACUCAAUAUUGUGUAUUUCCCUCAGUUAGGCUUUCUCAUUUGUGUUCCUAUGCAAGAAGAGUGGCGAACUGAGGUAGGAGUCCAAGUGAUCGACGGUUGGAGUUUCCAGUUUUCAUCGGAAUCGCACGUCUAUUUCAAGUCGCAAGAGAUGCAUGACAUGGAUGCUCAUAUUGGAGAUUUACAUUCGCUGAUCGUAGACCGAGAGAUCGAGAUCAUUCAAGCUUUGCUCGAGGAAAUAUUGGUUCAUGACGCAGCGAUGUCACAUGCGUGCGACGUUUGUGCCGAAUUAGAUUGUCUGCUCGCUUUUGCAGAUGUUUCUAGGGCAUACGAUUACCAAAGGCCGGUCAUGGUUGAGGAUAAUAUCAUCGAUAUUGUCCAAGGCAGGCAUCCCUUGCAAGAGUUAGUUGUCGAUACGUUUGUUCCCAACGACGCUCGGAUAACAGGGGGAGAUGGACAUUUCUCAAUUUUUACAGACACUUCUGAAGCGGACACUCAACUGGAGGAAAAUCAUUUAAAGCUUUGGAACAGUGUCCUAUUGUGCACCGGAGCUAACGCAUGUGGGAAAAGCGUGUAUCUCAAGCAAAUCGCACUAAUCCAAUACAUGGCACAAAUCGGAUGCUUCGUACCGGCAGAGGCAGCGACUUUGGGCAUUGUAGACAAAAUCUUUACCCGCAUUUCAACGAGAGAAUCUGUCUCCAAAGUGCAAUCAGCAUUCAUGAUCGACCUUAAUCAAGUAUCACUGGCACUCCGAAAUUGUACUGCUCGCUCUCUUAUCCUUCUGGACGAAUUCGGCAAAGGAACUCUUCCAACAGAUGGAGCAGGCCUUCUUUGCGGCGUCAUCAAGCACCUCUUGGCUAGAAAAUCGAACUGUCCGAAAAUUUUGGUUGCAACACAUUUUCACGAUGUCUUCAGGAAAGAGAUACUUGAUCCUAAAUUGAUUCCUAUAUCUUUUCUACAUAUGCAAGUCAUGUUCACUGCGGCGCGAGAUGGAAGUCUCCUAGAGCCAGGCAGUCCUGGCAACUCGUUGACUUCUAGGAGCUUGUCUGCCACCCUUUCUGCAACAAAACCAAGUAGUAGUGUGGCCACGCAAGAAGGAUUACGAGAGGAAAUAACUUAUUUAUACAGGUGAAUAUCAUUCGGACUGUGGCCGGCCUGGUUCAAAUCUUCUCAAUCUAUGUAGGGUAAUGGAAGGGCUAUCAAUGGACUCGCACGCGGCCAAGUGUGCAGAAUUGUUUGGUAUUCCCCCCCGCUUGGUGCAAAGGGCGCAAUACGUUAGGUAACCAUGACUUUCGUUUAACGGCUG